GAUCUUUCAGAGAAAGAGAAGGUUACACCACAAAUGGUUGGCACCUGGUUUGCUAACAAAAGAAAGGACAUCAAGAAGAGAAUAGAGGGAGAGUCGCCGCACGAGUCGCCCGGACACGUGCUCAUGAACCGACGCGGACGCCCGCCGAAGCACUACUACUCGUCGCCCGCGCUGCCCCCUGCUGAGCGCAGCGGCACUCCAAGCAGCGCCACGCUCAGUGACCAAUCGCACUCCCACAACCACUCGCCAAACACGCCACUAGGCGGCGGCAAUGCGGGCGGCGGCGGCGGCGGCAACCAGGACCCGAUGUGCAUGGCGGUCGAGCUGGCGGCGGUGAAUCAUUCGAUUCUCGCGCUCGUCGGCAACAAUGACGACGAGACGAGCGACGACAACGGGGAGAUCAGCGGCCUCAACAUACCCAACAUCAAGCAGGAGUACGAGAGCCACCUCGCAAACAAGUGCCAGUUCCAGAACGGUUGAUCGCCCGGCGCGGCGACCCCCGGGGGAUGCCACGGCGACCCUGGUGGUUGCCACGGCGACCCCGGGUGAUGCCAUGGCGCGGCGACCUCGGGGGAUGCUACGGCGAACCUGGGGGUUGCCACGGCGACCCCGGGGGUUGCCACGGCGACCCCGGGGGAUGCCACGGCGACCGUUAGGGUUUACUCUCGCGCGAGCGGUUUCGCACCGGUCGACGUGUGCGUGCCGUGGAACCGCGGUAGGGGCGUGCGCACAUAGAGAACGGGGGAAUGAGGGGGUGGGACUUCGAUCGUGCAGGCCGUAAUAGCGGGGUUAUGAGUGGAGCAGCUAGCUCUUCCACCUUCUGGUUCUUACUAUGUGGCAUAUAUUCAAGAUGUGUGUGUGUGUGUGUCUUUCUAGAGGUACAGGUAGUACAAGAGGGUUCCAACGUGCAUGCAGGCGUGGUGUAAAGGCGUAUGUGCUCCUCCGCCCCUGCAGAUCUCUCUCACUCGCUCUCUCUCUCUCGCUCUCUCUCUCUCUCUCUCUCUCUCUCUCUCUCUCUC